AUGGACAAACUGCUCCUGUCUCGAGGGUACCAGCUGGGACACACCAUCGGGGAGGGAACGUAUUCUAAAGUGAAGGAAGCGUACUGCCGGCACCUGCAGAGGAAGGUGGCGGUCAAAAUCAUUAACCGCCGGACAGCGCCCAAGGAUUUCAUCCACAAGUUUCUCCCACGCGAGUUACAAAUCGUACGGCAUCUGGACCACAAGAACAUCGUCAAGGUUCACGAGAUCUGGGAGGCGGAGGACGGCCGGGUCUGCAUGGUGAUGGAGCUGGCGGAGGGCGGUGACAUCCUGGAACACAUCAGGAGGGAGGGCCCGCUCCCGGAGGCGGGGGCCCGGACCCUGUUCCGCCAGCUGGUGCACGCCAUCCGCUACUGCCACGACUGCGGGAUCGCGCACAGGGACCUCAAGUGUGAGAACACUCUGCUCGAUAAAAGCUUCAACGUAAAGCUGGCGGACUUCGGCUUCGCCAAGCACUUCCGCAGCGGCUCGGCCGAGCUCAGCAACACUUUUUGCGGGAGCACUGCAUACGCGGCGCCCGAGGUCCUGCAGGGAGUCCCGCACGACAGCACCAAGAGCGACAUUUGGAGCAUGGGCGUCGUGCUCUACAUCAUCCUGUGCGGACACCUGCCCUUCGAUGACUCCAACAUCCCCAAGAUGUUGUGGCUGCAGCAGAACGGGGUGGCGUUCCCGCAGCAGCUGGAACUGAGCCGCGAGUGCCGAGACCUUGUGCGGAGGCUGCUGGAACCCGACUCCAACCUGAGACCUCUCAUCCAGGAGGUCUGCUCCCAUCCCUGGUUAGCAGACGGCCAAUAA